GAACAAUCCUAAUGGUUAAGUAAAACUAAACUUAGCUGAACGUAUGUUCUCUAUUCUCAUUUGUCACAGGCUUAAGGUGUGCACAGAGAAUGCUGAAGAGAGUGUUUUCAAUUAUUCCAAGAAAUGGAGUUUCAACAUUACAGGCCAGAUCAUGCACAAAUGACAGAUUUUUCAAAAUUCAUCCAUCUGUAUCCCAGGCACUGGCAGUAAACAAACCAGUGGUGGCACUAGAGAGCACAAUUAUCACACACGGCAUGCCUUAUCCACACAAUCUGAGUCACUGCAAAGAAGUGGAGAACAUUGUGCGAGCUGAAGGAGCAACUCCAGCCACUAUUGGAGUGAUUCAAGGCAAAGUCCAUGUUGGCCUAUCAUUAGAGGACCUUAAACACUUAGCCCAGUGCAACAGCUCUGUCAAGGUGUCCCGAUGUGAUCUGCCUUAUGUUAUUAGCAAAGGUCUCUCUGGGGGUACAACUGUGUCAGCUACGAUGAUUGCUGCGCACAGAACUGGUAUCCCUGUCUUUGUCACGGGAGGAAUUGGAGGAGUCCACAGAGAUGGAGAAAACAGUCUAGAUAUCAGUUCAGAUCUGACGGAGCUGGGCCAAACACCUAUUGCUGUAGUCUCCGCUGGGGUCAAGUCGAUUCUGGACAUUGGUCGCACACUGGAAUUCCUUGAGACACAAGGAGUGUGUGUAGCUACUUAUGGCAUGUCAAGGAAUUUUCCAGCUUUCUUCUCUCCACAAAGUGGAUUCAUUUCCCCUUACCAAGUCUGCAACCCUGAGGAGGCAGCAAAACUAAUUUUAAGUUCUUUGUCACUGGGGCUCCAUAGCGGUGUCCUUGCUGUGCCCAUCCCCGAACAGCACGCGGCAGCAGGUCAGCAGAUAGAAGAUGCAGUACAGAUUGCAGUGGCAGAGGCAAGAGCUACUGGUAUCACAGGAAAAGAUGUGACGCCAUUCAUUCUACAAAAGGUCAAUGAACUGACUGAAGGAAAGUCCCUUGAGGCCAAUAUUGCACUUAUUCAUAACAAUGCCAAGGUUGGCAGUCAGAUAGCCUGCACACUGUCAAAACUAAUGAAAGAGACAAAGUUCAGAAGCACAAGUCAGCUUCUUGAAAAGGACUUAUCGGACUCAACGUCCAAUAUCGUUGUUAUUGGAGGAAUAAAUGUGGAUUUUGUUGCUAAAAAAACAAAAUCUCCUGAUUUCAGACAGACUAAUACAGGAAGUGUUUCUCAGACAUUUGGUGGUGUUGGAAGGAACAUUGCCGAUUGUCUGAGUCGAUUAGGCCACAAACCGCUGUUCAUUUCUGCCGUUGGAAAUGACUCACAUAGUGACGCAGUGUUAAACUAUUGUAAACAUAUGAACACCAGCGGUGUGGCCAAGCUGCAGAAGCAAAAGACAGCAACUUACUGUGUGGUUGUCAUUGAGAAUGGGGAAGUGAGUCUCGAAGUGGGUGACAUGGACAUUCAUCAACAUAUUUCUGAACAGUAUGUUUCACAGUUUGAAAAGCAGCUUUCAUCAGCCACUCUGGUGUGUCUGGAUGGAAACAUCCCCCUGUCCACCAUCAACUAUGUCUGUUCUAUUGCUAAAAAGUACAACAUUAAUGUUUGGUAUGAACCAACAGAUUCAGAAAAGGCUCUUAAGCCUUUCUGGUCAGAGUCCUGGAAAUCGCUGUCUUACACUUCUCCAAACCUGGCAGAGCUGUGCUCCAUGAACAAUGCCCUGGGUAUCCCAACACCUGAGGUGCUGCCAAGGUGUCUUGACAAGAUGCUCAGCAUGGCUGUGGAUCUCUCACGCCCCCUUCUGGAGCAGCUUCACUGUGUAGUUGUGACCCUGGGUAGUAAGGGAGUGUUGCUGUGUGGAGAACACGACGCAGGCUCCAUCAACCUGCAGCCACGGAAACAAAAGGCGGACAGACGGCUCUGUGCUCUUCACUAUCCGGCACUGAGUGUGGCCACAGAAGAGACAGUGAAUGUUUCAGGAGCAGGAGAUAGUCUUGCAGGUGCCUUGAUUGCUGGAAUUCUUCAGGGGCGAGACACGAACAGUUGUGUACGAAUGGGUCUUCUGGCUGCAUGGCUGUCCCUGGCAUCACCUCACCCCGUCAACCCAUCUCUUACUUUGGACUCUGUAGAUCCGAGUCAAGUCCAGACUCAAGACUGGCCCGAACCAAGCUUCAUGUGGAUAAAUUAAAAAUGUUUACAAAAUGCUUGAGAAACAUGGGAUGAAUUUGAUUUGUUGUUUAAAAAAAAAAGUGGAUUGGACUUUUUGUGAUUUGUGAAUCGGGUAGUGCAGGAAGUUCCCCACAGAGCAGAUCGGCUGUGCAGUAUUCAUAAAUAGUAUUAAUACUGUUUAUGAAUGCUAAAAAAUAUGAGUAUUUCCUUACAUUCAUAUGAUCAGUUAUGAUCAUAUGAAUGUAAGGAAAUAAUUUUACAUACUGUUAGUUGCAGUAACAAUAGCAAAUGUGCUGCACUGAUGUUUCUGGUUUCUGAGUCAUUAGUGAACUCAAAAGAAUUAUCAAAGAAAAGGUAACUGAAUUCAAUUUAUUACAUUUAUAUAGCACCGAAUCACAACAAAGCUGCCUCACGGCGUUUUGUCACUGUCGAACUUUAUAAAUUGAACUGUAGAAAACAGGAACGGGAUAUAA